AACCGCUGAUUUAGAGGAACCUUUUUUUUUUUAAUAUAACCUUGAUCUUCUCUCUCAAUAUGAUUAUUGUGUUGCCUUUUACAUCUCGAUAUGAAACUUAUAAUUAAGAUGAUACCAUGGCUUAUCUUCAUGUGAUUAGUGGUAUCUGACGCUGAUUGGACAGUUGCUUUACUAACCCUUCUAGAGCCGCUUGGAGUUGUAGAGCAAACUUUGAAUGACAUCCCUACGUCCACUGUGCUGUCCAAAGGAUGUCUUGCCAAAGGUUGUGCUAUGCGGUCCUGCUUUACUCUGCUGCGCUGUACUCUCUUUCUCUGUAGUUACAGGACACCCUCCACUUUGCUAAGAGAUACCCUAGGCCGUCUUUUAGAGACAUCCACAAGUCUGUACCACCAUAAACAUUUAGCAAAGAGGGAUUUAUUUUUAAUGCAAAUGGUUUUAAAUCUUCACUGCAUUUGAUUUUUAAAACUUAGUUUUUCAUUUUGGGUGGCUUCUAAUCUUCACUAGUAUAUUUUUUUUAACAAAUUGUGGCCACAGCUGUUUGCAGCCAGAAGUACAGCAAUCUCCUGUUUUAAAGCGGUGGGAGCACCCUUGAGUAUCUGUAAGAAAGCACCUAAAUAAGGAGAGGGCUGGGCUGGGGCAGAGCCGAGGAGCAGAAAGUAGUUGAGCCAAUUAUAAUUUAGCAGGGUUACAACUACUAAUCCUAGAUCUCCAAGCGUGGAAGGUUUCCUGUGCGUGUGCAUAUGUAUCACAUCUGAUUUUAGUAGGAUUUAAUUAGCCCUGCAGCCCUGUUACUGACGAGUUUACUGGACAUGAGUACUUGGCUCCAGUUCUCGCCGGGGCUCUGCAGUGAUGCUGAGCAAGUCUGAUCAUUUGUGGAUUCAUUAUUGGCACUGUAAAUUAACUGUGAGCUGAGCAGAGCCAUGUUUACUGAACUCAAAAGCAAACCAGCUUGAAAUCUUCCACCCCCGUCCCCACACACAUAAAAAAUUAUAUUCUACCAUUAUAUAACCUUCUGAAAUGUAAUACAGGAUUGCAUUUUAAACUCAUUACCACCAUGGUGCUUCUAGAAGAUGCAUCCUGUUUACCUUGGAGUUUUCUAUAUGCCCUGGGCCUCAGUUUAAGCAGCAUGAGACCCCGAGGAGCUCUCUGGUCAAGUCCAGCUUGUGUGUGCUAUCAUAUUUGAAAUAAACACUAGAUGCUUUAAAAAAACACACACAAACAAACUGUAGGUCCAUAUCAGAAGAAAACAGAUUUGACUCCUCCUGCCCUGAAAAUUUGAGAUUGCAAUUCUGUUGUCUGUGGAUGCGUCUCAUCUGAAACUGCAUGCAUCGAAGAGCCGAUUUGCACCGUUAGGAGCCCUUUUGUAGAUGUCUUCUUUGCUGCCCUCAGUCUUUCUUUGCUGCCAUUCUGCUUUUCUUUCCUGGCUGCUAAUUGGAUUAAAGCUGUUGUGCCCGCCAUGGCGUCUGGAGAUGACAGUCCAAUCUUUGAAGAUGACGAAAGCCCUCCCUUUAGCCUAGAAAAAAUGACGGAUCUCGUAGCUGUUUGGGACAUUGCUCUAAGUGACGGAGUCCACAAGAUUGAAUUUGAACACGGGACCACGUCAGGCAAACGUGUGGUCUACGUGGAUGGAAAGGAAGAGAUAAGAAAAGAAUGGAUGUUCAAAUUAGUGGGCAAAGAAACCUUCUGUGUUGGAGCUGCCAAGACAAAAGCAACCAUCAACAUUGAUGCUGUCAGUGGUUUUGCCUAUGAAUACACCCUGGAAAUCAAUGGGAAAAGUCUCAAGAAGUAUCUGGAGAACAGGUCCAAGACCACCAACACCUGGGUGCUGCACUUGGAUGGGGAGGACUUUAGGGUUGUGCUAGAAAAGGAGACCAUGGACGUCUGGUGCAAUGGGAGGAAGAUGGAGACCGCAGGUGAGUUUGUAGAGGAUGGAACUGAAACGCACUUCCGAGUUGGGAACCAUGACUGUUACAUAAAGGCUGUCAGCAGCGGGAAGCGGAAAGAAGGGAUCAUCCAUACUCUCAUUGUGGAUAAUAGAGAAAUCCCAGAAAGUCUUGAGUGACUCCGUGGUCACUCAAGAUGAGAAAUAAAUUUCUAAUCUUAACAAGAAAGGAGGAGGACUUUUCAAUUUCCCUGGUAGUUAGUUACAUGUUCAUUUCAGCGUGUACUCCUCAGUACAUUCAGUCUGGGCUGAGCUAUUCUUCCAAAGGCCCAUUUGUGGGGUGGGGGGUAGGGUGGAAGCAAUACCAAUUAUGUACAAUCAUAAAGUCACAACUUAUUUUGUAAAUAAUGUAAAAUGUCCUAAGGCUAAAUGGAAAAUAUGAACCCAAACCACUGAUGUUUUACAAGAGAAACCUUUCCUGUGAUAAACACUAUGUUUCCUAUAAUAAACACCACUACAAAAUCAAA